GUCUGUUUUCUGUUUUUAGUGUCUGAAAUGAGGAUUGUCCUGGUGGGGAAGACUGGUGUGGGGAAGAGCUCUACUGGAAACACCAUCUUGGGCCAGGAGGUCUUCUGCGUAGCGUGUUCUGCCCAGUCAGUGACCAAAGACUGUAUAAAGGCCAGAGCAGAGGUUGAUGGCCAUAAAGUGUCUGUGGUCGACACUCCUGGUUUAUUUGACACUGACCUGACAGAAACAGCAGUGAUUAACAGACUGGUUGAAUGUAUCGCUCUGUCCUGUCCUGGACCACACGUCUUCCUCCUGGUGCUCUCACUAGGCCGCUUCACUGAAGAAGAGAAUCAGACGGUGAAGAGACUGCAGUGGAUCUUUGGUGAUGAGGCGCCUAAAUACACCAUUGUUCUUUUCAGUUGGGGAGACCAGCUGAAAAAACAGACCAUAGAAGCGUAUUUGGCAGAGGCAGGAAAAGAGCUAAAUCAAGUGGUGGAGACGUGUGGUGGACGCUAUCAAGUCUUUAACAACGAGAACAUGGCAGACCGCACUCAGGUCUCCAGCCUUAUGGGCAAGAUCUUUAAGAUGGUGUCGGAAAAUGAUGGUGGAUACUACACCAACGAGAUGUACGAGAAUGUGGAAAGAGCGAUUCAGGAAAGAGAAGAAGAGCUGAGAAACGAGAUGCAUGAGAACAUGGAAAGAGUAAUUAAUGAGAGAGAGGAAGUGCUGAGAAAUGAAAUGGACAUAGUGGUCAAGGCUAAAGACAAGGAAAUAGACCAGCUACGUUGGGAGCUCAGAGAAAAGGCAGAGAGAGAUGUGAAGAAGAAGACAUUUCCACAGUUCAGAAAAGUCACAGAGCAGUGUAAACAGCAGUGAUAUCAGCUCUUCUUCCUUUAAUUUCCCUCCCCUUCUCUCCCUGCACUCUGUCCUCAUUCUACUUUCAAAUCUGUAUCUACACUCCCACCUCUUUAAUUUGUUCAGCACAGUGAAGACAAAUAUAUAUUAUACACCUCAUAAUGAGUUAUUAUGUUUAAAAUAGUUUUUUGUUUAUAUACAUUCAAGCACACUUAGCUUUAAUCACCCACAAAGCACAAAUUGUGUGGAUAGUAAUUAACUAAACAGUACCAACUAAACAGUAUGAAGGUUUUCCGUUUACACACAAAUUAACCCCAUGGUAACUUCAUGUUACAAAACGUUUGAGCGUCUUAAAUCAGCUGAAGGAUUACUGACUGUAAUUUUGUACAGUCUGUAAUUGACUGUAAUUAUACACCAUCUGUUGCUGCAGAAUUAAUCAGCUCCCCUUUUACUGCGUUGAUUCUUGUCCAUAAAUUGUUUGGUCCAUUCUCAGCACAGCAGUGACACUGCCAUGUUGGUAUGAGUGUUGAGCUGGUAUGAGUGUAUCAGACACAGCAGUGUUGGUGGUGAUUUUACACACAUCAGAGUCACUGCUAGGUUGAGAGUGGACCAUCACCCAAAAAUAUCCAGACGAGUUGCUCUGUUGUCAGAAACUGACCAUUGAUGAAGGACUAGAGGAUGACAAACACAACCUGUGCAUCAUCAGAUGUUCUAUAGUCACUAACUGCACACAAGGUGGAGCUACAAGAGAGACGUUUCUGAUAAAGUGGCCAAUGAUUCCAUGUUACUAAUAGUGCGUUUCUUGUUUAGGAUUUUGUAAUGAAUGGCUAAAUAUGAAUUAAGAGUUUAACUGUGUGUUCUGAGAAGAUGAGUACAAUUUCAGCCAAGUUUCAAACAAGUGUCAUUUCUAGGGACAGUCCUUGUGUCAUUUCUAGAGUUCUCAGUCCAUGCUUUUAGAAUCUUUUUUUUAUCUGAGCCCAUAGGUUUUUCACUGGGCAUUAGGUUAAUUGUGUUGUCAGUGAACCAUAGUUUAGAUUUGGGAGAUAAGCUUUGGGUCACUGUCCUGCUGGAAUAUACAACCAUGACCCAAUCGUCCUCAUGUCAGAUCUAGCCAGAUGUCAAUCUUAAACUUUCAGGUAAAAUCUUCUUUGGUGGGAUGAUGGCAUAACAAGAUUCCCAAAGGUUUUUGAAUUAAAACAGCCCACAACAUCACAGUUCCACCACCAUAUCUCCCAGCAGGGGCACUGCUGGGCCAGUUUUAGGGGAAACGUUAUAUAGCCCCAUUUCCCAUUUCAUUCAUUCUUGAUUAUUCAACAACCACUGUGUCUCCAAAAUCACAACAUAUUGCAAUAGCAAGGCACCGCCUGGGGGAGGUGCUGCUGCUCUAGUGCAGCGGGGCCUCUGCUGUGCUAAUAGAAAUUUAUUAACGUAACAUGAAAGAAGUGGAACAUCCAGCUUGGCCAGUCAGUCUAGUGGUCAAGACCCAAGCCAAGGAAAUAGACCAGCUACGUUGGAAGCUUAGAGAAAGGGCAGAGAGAGACGUAAAGAAGAAGACAUUUCCACAGUCACAGCUGUGUAAACAACAGUGACACUAGCUCUUCUUCCUUAAUUUCUCUACCCUUCUCUUUCCAUCCUCGUUGUAUUCCCAAUCUGCAUCUAAACUCCCACCUCUUUCAUUUGUUCAGCACAAUGAAGACAAAAGUAAAUUAUGCACCCCACAAUGAUUCAUUACAUUAUUGUAAAUAGUUUACUGUUCAUUUACAUUCAAAUAUGUGUGCAAUAUGUGGAAAUGGGUGAAGAAGAACAAGAACAAAGCAUGUUUACUGUAAAGUUAAAUAAUAUUGGUACAAUGUUUAAUGGACAAUGCAUAAACCUAUACAUAGUUAUGAGAAUUAAACAAGAACAGCAUUUUAAAAAAAUAUAUCCAUAUUGCCUUGCUCUCAGCCUAACUGAUGAAGACCCACAGUGUAUCUUUGUUAACUUUAUCAUCUUAGGUUUAUAUAAUGCAUAAUUACAUAGGUAUAAAAGUACAGCAUGUUUGUUAUUAAGUGAAACACUAACAAUAUUUUAAAAUGAAAUCUUGAUGUGUUAAUGAAUCUACUUGAUUUCAAUAAACUGUGCCUAAUGA